AUGGGGAUAUGUUCUUUCAUAUUCAGAGCGAUAAAGAUUUACUUUGCCAAUGGAUCGUUGCAUGGAUUGCGGUUUAUUGCUGAAGAAGGCAGACACUGGAGCGAAAGGCUCCUAUGGAUGUCACUUUGUAUUCUGUCAUGGAUUGGAUCAACACUGUUGAUUAUGGCUUCUUGGGAUGCAUUUCAAAACAACGCAGUCAGUUUUGUUGUAGAAACGACCUAUUUGCAUGUAAAUACCUCAUUUCCCAGCGUUUCAGUUUGUGAGGAAGACAACAUGAUUCGUAUUUACGAAGCAGCACAAGAAUUGUUCGGAGAUGACCACGACUGUAACUUAGAUGAAGUGUUAAAGGAAAUUACGUAUUUCAAAGGAACUGCUUACUAUAUCAAAGAAUUUUGCCUCUCUGGAGAUUUGGACUGUCCAAGAGCUAAUUUUAGUGAUCUAUCAGACAUGGUGAGGAAUCCAUGUCAGGAUACUUUUAUAAGAUGUGCCUGGAGGGGAGUGGAAUUUAAUUGCUGUGAACAUUUCAAAUCAACAGAAACUGAAAUUGGAAAAUGUUUUACUCUUUCCAUGGAGAACGAAAGGAUCAGGAAAAAAAACAAUCUCCCAUUUAUAAAUAUGAUAUCAAAUAGAAAGACACCUCUUGGAUCUUUGUCUUUAGAACUAAACAUUUCUUGUAAGGUAUAUUUACACUCAGAUGCAGAUGUUCCCUUCUACAAUACAAUGACCACUGAUAUUCUAAUUGCUUCAUUGAACACAGCCAAACAGUACCGAAUAUCAAUUAUCGAUAUAGAAAAUGGUCCUGAUGUGCGAGAUCUUUCAGUUCAUCAAAGAAAAUGUCGAUUUCCUGAUGAAAAUUAUUUGGAGUCAUCCUACAAAUACAGCUAUAGUGCAUGCGUAGUUGAAUGCAGACGAAAGGAACAGUUGAAAGUUUGCAAUUGUACCUCACACCUCAUGCCAAACUCACGAAGAGAAGAGAGAUGUGACAUAAAUGGAAUACUCUGUCUUAACAACAAUUAUGGCAAUCUGUCGGUCCAGAAGACUAAAUGGGGCAAAAAGGAUGGUCUAAUUUGUGAUUGUUUACCUGGCUGCAAUGAUCCAGAAUACAGUAUUAUAACAGUUGGCAGUUCAUACAUUGCUGAAAACCAGUCUAACAUGGAAAUAAACUUAGAUAGAUUACCAAGUGAAAGAUAUAAAAGAAAUGUAGUAAGAGGACGCCUAGACUUAGUUGUAUCAAUGGGAGGUGCAGCAGGUUUAUUUGUUGGAGCAAGUCUGCUAAGCUUUGUAGAGAUAUUUUAUUUUUUUAUAUUUCGAUCAAGGGAAAAACCUAAAGCAAAUGAAAAUGAGAUUGGAAAACUUCAACCUAAAGAUGAAGUCAUCACUGUAACAUCUAGUAACAAAGUUAUGAAUCAGCGUUCUAAAAAUAAUUAUCCAGUGAAAAUAAUUGGUUUAUAUAAUCCUCAUAUAAAUAAAUUAAAUUUACCCAAAAAUGGAACAUUAUACUCUUCAGAAUUUUUGCCAUGA